CUGCAGCUUCCUGUGACAACACGACGCUCAUCAUGGGCUGCAUGUCGCGCGUGUUACAGAGGAGCUCCGCGUUUACCGCGCGGCUCCGGCAGAAGGACUGGGCGUGCAGUUUGGCGGGCCUUUCGUUUAGACACUACAGCACCAAGACGGCUCCCCAAAUACCAGGCAUGGAGUACCAGGAUGCCAUUUGCACACUGAACACACUGCAGACCAAUGCCAGUGCUCUGGAGCAGGUACGGCGAGAGCGGAAUCACCCUCAGCUACAGCUCCAGGCCAUGAGAAGCUACCUGGAACGAGCCGGCCUCACAGUGGAGAAUUUAGACCAUCUCAAUAUCAUUCAUGUGACAGGAACAAAGGGCAAGGGCUCAACAUGUGCGUUCACAGAGCAGAUUUUGAGGGGAUAUGGCUUUCGCACAGGAUUUUACAGUUCCCCACAUUUGGUCCAAGUAAGGGAGAGGAUUCGAAUCAAUGGACAACCCAUUGGAAAAGAGCUCUUCACUAAAUACUUCUGGCAGGUUUAUGGACGGCUGGAUGAAACAAAGGAUGCCCAUGGAGGGACGAUGCCAGCAUACUUCCGUUUCCUCACCAUCUUGGCCUUCCAUGUGUUUCUUCAGGAGAAGGUGGAUUUGGCAGUAAUUGAAGUUGGGAUUGGAGGAGCAUAUGACUGCACCAACAUUAUAAGGAAGCCUUGGGUGUGUGGGAUCUCCUCUCUGGGUAUAGACCAUACUCAAAUUCUUGGAGACACCCUUGAAAAGAUUGCAUGGCAAAAAGGAGGCAUUUUUAAGCCAGGGGUUCCUGCCUUCACAGUGAAACAGCCAGAACAUGCAAUGUCUGUGCUCAGGGACAGAAGCAAAGAGAUUGGGUGUCCUCUGUGGGUGUGUACAGAGCUGGAAGACUACCAGACAGAUGGUGGACCUUUGCGUCUGGGCCUGGCAGGACAGCACCAGCGCUCCAACGCCUCAUUGGCCCUCCAGCUGAGUCACACUUGGCUGCAGAGAAGAUGUUUACCAGAUAAAAGCUUUUCCUCCACCAGUGUUGAGAGCACAGGUCGACUUCAGGCCUCUGGCUUCAAGCCCAGUCCCAUCAUGUUGAAAGGGCUGGCAGACACAGAGUGGCCUGGCAGGACUCAGACUCUGAAGCACGGAGCAGUCACCUACUUCUUAGAUGGCGCUCACACCAUGCGCAGUAUGCAGGCCUGUGUACACUGGUUCAGAGAGACUGCAGCCCAGCAUGAGAGGAAUGCAAGUGGACCUGUGGCCAGAGUUUUGCUGUUCAAUGCAACAGGAGAGAGGGACUCAGCAGCAAUGCUUAAAUUACUGGUGCCAUGUCAGUUUGACUUUGCUGUGUUCUGCCCAAACAUAACUGAAGCCAUCGCUUCUUGUAAUGCAGACCAGCAGAACUUCAACGUUUCAGUGGAGAACAUGUUGACUCGCUGCUUGGACAAUGAGAGGAGCUGGCGUCUCCACCACGGCGUGGGGGACAACGAAGGUACACAGCUGCUCAUCAAGGACAGCCUGCCCCUGGUGCCUGAAAAGAAAGAUGACACCCUGGUCUUCCCCUGCAUCCUCAGCGCCCUCCGCUGGAUCACUCAGGGCAGGGACUCUGUGGUGGCUGACCCCGCCAAGACUGUCUUACCAGUCAAACCCAGCGUCAUGGCCAAAGCUGCUCCCCUCUGUGAUGCAGCCGAGAUCCACGUCCUCAUCACUGGAAGCCUCCACCUGGUUGGUGGAGCACUAAAACACCUCGACCCAGCUUCUUCCAAGUAAAUGGACCAUGUGAAACUUAGUUGAGUGAAUUUCAAAGCAGUUUGAAUAAUGGGUCAGAGAUCUGCUUAUAUACACACACUUACUUUGUGGAGGGAAAGUAAUUUCUGUCUGUGUAGUUGAGGCAUUUGAGAAACUAGGUUUUUGGACAAUGUAUUUAGGUGUUUACCUGAACUGGAUUAGCUGCACCCAGGUAUUGUUUUUGUCUUGGUAGCCUCACUGUAGUGGCUGAUGUUCGGAAACCUGUAGUUUUGACCAAGGCAGCUCAGGGCCUCACAGCAGGCCCAGCUUCACCCAGAGCCUUACAGAUGAUUACACAAACAUGGGGAACUCAUGUCUUUAGUCUUAACUUGAAGCCAAAUAUGUUUACAUGAUGAAUUGCAGAGGCUACAUUCACACGCUACAUACACCAGAGUGUGCAUUGAGUUGGCUCAACUCAAACUAUGUGUGCUUCAGCACUCAGUGAAGCCACGUGGAUGACCAGAGGGCUUGGAUGGUUAACAUUUGUACAAAAACUGCAGAUUAUUGGGCACCAAAAGGAGCCUCAUGGACUACAUGAUGUUAUGAGUUUUCUGUUUUUUAUUUCUGUUUGGAAAACCUGACAAUUACGUUUCAGUGUUUUUAAAUGAAAGACAUUUUGCACAGCUUCUACCUACAUUACAUCAGCUGCGUCUAGUGCUUUAUACACAGCGCUGACUCCUCUUGGUUGUAGAUGUGCAAAUAUUUUAACACUUGUGGUAUCAUCAUAACUGGCCUCAGUUAUAAUUGAAUCAAAUUCUGUGACACUCUGAAAUUGUGAUAAUUAAAUUAUCCUUAAUUUAAAUGUACAUUAUCUGACCAUAAUACAUAGUUAUUAUAUGUGUGUAAAAUAGGUUCACAGGUGGUUCAGCCACAUUCAUUCAAUGUGUAACUUGAAAUGUGUUUCAAAUUGAAAGUGACUUCACUUGAAUGUUCCCGCGGACCCAUCAAGACAAAAAAUGCACUUAAUUGGAACUCAUCACUAAUUGUAAGUAAAGAAGAUCAAAUCUGCUCACAUCUGAAUUAUGAGUCAAUAAAAAAAAUACAGAUAUCGAAAUUA